AUGAACUCUGGAUUGAAUAACUAAAAUUCUUUAUUGCAGCAACUAACUCCAGCCUAACUUGAAGAGUAUUAGCAUUAGUUAAGGUAAACUUCUAACUUCAUAUUUUCAAUACUAUAUUACUUCAUAUGCACAAAUCAUAUAUUUGGCAAUUAAUUACUUAUUUUAGAUAGCAAUAAAUUUUAACGAAUCUUUUGAGUAGCAACUUGAAAACAUUAACAUAUCCUAGCAUCUUUCAAUAGUUUUAGGACAAUCUUAAUAGAACCUCAUAAUAGCAAGAUCUGAUCAAUUUUAAUCGUGGUAAGAUAUCAUCAAUUCUACAUCAAUUACAUUAUUGUGACCUUAUAGUUAUUUGAAUUAGCUUAUUUUUACAUAGGUUUGGGAGGUGCAAGAAAUUAGAUUGAUUAUAUGAAACUUUUAUAGAAAAGCUUUUAGAUAAAUAGUAAUAUCAUGAGUCCGUUCCAUUAGAAUUAGUUAUUCUGCUAAUUAGGAAUGAUGGGUCAGAUGAAAAAUAAUACUUUGCAAAAUCCAAUUACUGUUGAAGAUGAUGACCCCCCUUAAUUUUAGAAAUGCCAUAAUUCUAAAUGCAAUAACAGAGGAGAUCGUAAGACUAAGUCAAAGAAAGGAGAGACACUUUAAUUCUGUGAGAAAUGUUUGAGAAUGUAUAAUCGUGGAAAUUUUUGUGAUUUUUGUGAAUAGGUAUUGGAAAAUUUUUUUACGAUUUUUAGGUCUAUUCAAAUGGGUCAUAUGAUUAGGAUGAAUAAGAAUGGAUAUAAUGUGAUGAAUGUGAAAAAUGGGUAUAUUUUAAUUGAAAUAUAAUAGAAUCAUCUAAAUUGUGAAGCUAAAUAUAGGAAUUAGAAUAUUAAAGAAGAGACUGAGAAUAAAGUUUAUUAUUGUUUAAAUUGUUCUAAAAUUAAAAAACAAUAACAAUAAUAAUAAUAGUUUCAGUAAUAGAAGAAAUAAGAAAAGAUAACAGAAGAAUAUUAACCAAAGUAAAGAGUAUAAAUGGAAUGUGAGGAUGCUAGAAUAAGAGAGAAGAAUAUCAAUUUUGUUGCCACCAAAGAUAAUAAAGUUUAAUUUAGUAAAUUUAUAAAUUUAAUAAAUUUUAAUAGCAUUUCGAUUGAAUCUAUAUGACGAUGAAAUAAAGUCAGAUCUUGAUUUUCUGAGGAAUUCUGGCAAGAAAAACAUGAAAAAAUAAAGUUAAUAAGAUUCACCAAUAAUAAAAUAAAUGAUAGUACCAUAAUAAUAGUAAUAAGUAUAAUUAGUAUAUGAAGAGAAAGUAAAUGAGUUUUCAAAUUAUUAUUAGAAUUCUGAUUAAUAAUUGAAUAAUAGACGUAGAACUAGAAAUAAUAAAAAUAGAGUUAAUUACAGAAAUUUAGGGGGUGAAUGA